AUGAACAAGCAACUAGUCAAGCUUCCCAUUAACGCCAAGAUAGCAGUUGUUGGGGCUGGUGUAGCAGGCUUAAGCUUUUCUUACUUCCUAAAUAAGCUGAGGCCGGAUGUGCAAAUUACAGUGCUAGAUUCGUCAAAUAGGUGUGGUGGUUACAUCAACUCUUGCAUUAUUCAGGACGGGUCAAAUAGAGAGGUUAUGGUUGAGAAAGGGCCACGAACGCUAAGAGGGGCUUCUGAUGGUACAGUUAUGAUAAUUGACACACUCAAGGCCCUGAAUAAGGAAAACACUGUGCAGUAUAUUGAGUCGAAUUCAGAAGCAAAUCGUAAAUUCCUAUUGAGCGUCGAUAAUAAGCUUAUACAGGUCCCCAACUCUCCUGGCAGCCUUCUCAAGUUCUUGGUUAGUCCGUUAGGAAAGGGGGUGGUGCCAGGAAUGUUAGGAGAGCCCUUUAGAGAAGGACCUGAUCAUCCGGGAAGGGAUGAAAGCGCUCAUAAUUUCAUAACGAGAAGGUUUGGUAACGAAUAUAUGAGCAAAAACAUCUUUAGUGCAAUUUUUCACGGAAUUUACGCCGGAGAUAUCAAAGAAUUGAGUGCCAAAAGAACUUUGGGAGCUCUAGUGGAAAUGGAAAAUAAGCACGGCUCUUUGAUUAGGGCCAUGCUACAUAAAAUGAGUAAAAAGAAGGACAACGACAUGAACAAGGAAUCUGUCUUAAGCAAAGAUCUUAAAGUAUAUCAGCAGGCGAUGAAUAGAGAUAUAGACGAGUUAGAAAAACUGCGUUCGCAAUUGGUCAAGUACCCGAUGCUGGGUUUGAAAAAUGGGCUGGAAACUUUCCCCAAGGCUUUAACCGAGGCUAUUACAGGGGUCCCAAACAUUCGGCUACUCACGGGUAAGAGUGUUUCUUCCUUUAAGAUGGACAAAAAGGGCAAAUUAUCGUUGCACCUCUCGGAUGGAGAACAAUUGAAUGAUUUUGAUCAUCUAAGAAUUACCAGUAAUCCUGCGAUUAUCUCCCAAAUGAUUGAAGAUUCCACUUUAAAAGAUUUGCUACAAGAAGUUCAGUCGAAUACCGUUUUAUUGGUCAACUAUUAUUUGCCUAGUAAGGAUGUUGUGCCUUCGUUCCACUCAUUUGGAUAUUUGGUGCCACAAUCAAACGAAAACCAUGAAAAGUUGCUAGGUGUAAUCUUUGAUUCUGUGAUUGAGAAGAAUUUCAAGCCAUUGACCCCAACUGCAGAGCAUGCUUUCAAAAGCUCAGAUUAUACUAAGCUCACCGCUAUGCUUGGUGGCCACUAUUUGAAUAGAGAGGGUCCACACAGCGUACCAUCUAGAUCUUUGAUUAUCAACGCAGUGAAGCACGCUUUCUCAACGCAGCUGCAUAUUUCAGAUACAGAUCUAGAUAAUGCCGUGUGGCAAGUGACUGUAGCUGAGAACUGCCUGCCACAAUUCAAAGUCGGCUACGACGACUGGCUCAUUCGUAUCAACUCGCUCUUUACCAAAGAUUACGGCAAACACGUUUCCCUUGGUGGGAUGGCAUUUAGCAAGGGCCCUGGUGUUCCUGACGUAGUUGUUGAUGGUUUUGAUGAUGCACUGGCGCUAUCCAAGACCUGA